AAGAACACAAAGUAUAAUUAUAAAGGGUAGAAAAAAAAGGAGAGUUUUUAUUGGACAUUGGGAGAUGAUUGAAUGUGACACAUAAGAAAAAAGGGUAGGAAGAAAAUACGAGUUUUGAUUGGUCGAUUGGAAGAUGACUGGCAUUGGAAAAGCAGUAAGCAGGGUUGCCAUAGAAAUUCGACCCAAGUGUUAACAGUUCCUCGGUGCUGUUUCCGGUUUAGCGUUACACGGACGCUCCGCACCUCCUGAAAGUUUUCGUUUUCCCCUUUGUCGUGGUUUUCGGCCGUAAGAAACUCGUCAUCAUUGAUUCAACUUGAUAGUUUUAAAGUUACGUAUUAAUACGAAUGAAGUGAGAAAGAGUGUUAAGAUAUAAACGAUCUAAUUGUUGAAACGUGAUGAACGAAAAGAGGUGGAGAAGUCGAGAAGUUGAUGAGGGACGGCGGGGCCUAGUGUUCGUGUAAAUAGCGCGUAGUGGCAGUGUGUGCGCGCCCGUUCUGCGCAUCCUCGGAUAGAUGAGCGCGGCUUUGCGUUAUCUAGACGUAUAAAGUUAUUUUGUUGUUUCUACGUUGCAUUUUUUUUUAUAUACAUCAUUGAAAAUAAUUGUCGUUCGAAGGAACCUUGUUAAGGGAUAACAAGGCAAUAUUGAACAUCUAUAUCUUUUUUCCUUUAUUGGUCAUCUUGCUCUUUUGGAUAUUUUACUUUCUCAUCCCGCUUGAUCUUUCUUUCUCUCUUCCUCCCUUCUUUCCUCUGUUUCCUUCUCUUUAGCUCUCUCUCUCUCUCUCUCUGUCACUCUCUCUCUCUUUUACUCCGUCUACCCCUUCUCACUGUCGGCGUUCUUCGUGAUAAACGAGGAUAGGGCUAAGGACGUGUCGCGUGGUUGGUCCCGCGGGUGGGGGGGGACCGCAGAAUGGACAGCACCAAUGCGAAUGGCGGGAACGCUAAAGUGGCGCGCGACGUUUCUAACCUAGACAGUAUUACCAGUAUGCCGGAGUUACAGGAAUCUGAAAACAAGACAACCCUCGACGACGCUGUCGCCGAUACUGUUGUCGAUACCGCGAUCGAUACAGCAGUCGAUACUGCGAUCGAUACCGUUACCGAUACUGUUCCUGGUAACGCUGCUGACACCGCCAUGGAUGUCGAUAUGGACGGUCAAGAAGUGAACGGUGAUUUGAAGGAUUCUGUUAAUAAGAAUCCUCCUACAACGGUUAAAACUAAAUUGCGCAAGUUUAAGGCCAAUUCAACGAGUAGCAUCGAUAACGACAUAAACCUUUCCACUGCGAGAGGAGGAUGCAAACGUAAGCUUUCCGAACCUGAUGAUGCUAGUUCCGAUGAAUCCACUGGAUUUAAUGGAUUCGAUUUACAAGGAGCAGAUGAACUGGACACAGGAAGUCAUGUUUUAAGAAAGCUUAUUGCUGAAGCAGAAAUUGCAGAGGCUCAGCAUGCAAAACGCUAUAGGUAUAUGAUACCAAUGAAGAGUUAUGAUGGUAGGAAAGACGAUGAUCAAGACUCGGAUGAUAAUAAAAUGCGUAUAUAUGAAAUGGACCCAUUAUUUGAUAUGGACAAGAUAAAAAAAGAAAGAGAAUCCGAUUCAGAUUCUAUCGGUCUAUCUAAUAGUUUAGAAUUAGACAUGGAACAGCAAAGAGCUGAAGAAUCUUCCACUAAGUCGGUCAACUCAUCGUCUAGUACAAGUAGUCCUUCAGGAAUGUCGCUAAAAUCUAAAGGGGGUCGGAUGUCACGCGGUGCCAGUCCUGGGAGUGCUAUGAAACAAAAAUUGACAAUAGAUAUGUCUGAUCCCGCUUUCAAGGAACCAUUCAAGUAUGGCUGGAAACGUGAAUUGGUUUACAGAGCAAGUAAUGAUUCUAACCUUAAGCGAAUGGCAGAUAUUUAUUAUUAUACGCCAAAGGGGAAAAAAGUAAGAAGUUUUAGAGAAGUAGCCGAAUUUCUACAUUCAAGAGAAUUAACAAUUGAUAAUUUUACAUUCUUCAAAGAACCUAUUGGCUUAGAUGAUCCCGAAAAAGAAAUUAUUCGAGACGCGAAAAGGAUAAGGGGUUCAAUAGGACUUUCACCUACGCCAUCAAGGAGAUCUUUCAACACUAAGAAAGUAUCUUCACGGAAACCGGUUGAAGAACAAGUUUCUGCAUCAUCACCGGCAUCAACAGCUCCACAAACGACAGCAUCAAUGACACCUGCGAAAACUUCUUCUAGAUCACCAAAAACAUCUAGCAGUUUCAAAGUUAAAGUGCCUGCAAAGAAAACUCCUCAAAUAACAGAAAUAAAACCAUCAACAGAGGAAAAAGAAAUGUUACCUCCACAACGAAAUGCAACGAGUACAAGAAGAAGUCAACAUACAGCUGAGAAAGCAACACCUGCUAAAAGCAAAAGAUUGUCUACGCCCAAAGUUCAAGAACCAUGCAGUAUAAGAUGUUCAACAAGUAUGGGACUGAUUCCCAGCUUACAGUGUCGCGUAUGCCUGUGCUUAUAUCAUCCUGAGUGCGUAGAUGGCUUGGAAUUUUCAGGAAGUGAUGAUUAUAUUUGCAAGAAUUGUCAACAAGAUUCUACAGAAAGUCAUCAACAUCAAUCAAUGAAUCCGUCUUUAACACCACCUCCAUUAAUUCCGAUAAGCUUGUUAGGCACACAAAAUGCAAAACAAAAGUCGCAAACAGGUUUAAUUCCACCUAAAUUACAAAGAAUUCCAAAGUCAGAGAACACAGAUAUACAAUCGCGUAGUACUAACAAAUUUUCAAAAACAGCUACCUCAACAAGUUCGUCUUCGUCGUCGGAUAAACAGGAGGAUAGUUGGUUUCCUCAAUCAGAGAAUGAAUUUUUGCCAAAUCACGAUGGAGGACUAUUACCAAAACCACAAAACAUUGCUUUAAUGGGAGGGAAAAAAUAUAUAGUUGUACCAAAGAAUAACUCUAUGGCGGUUCAACCCGCUAUUACGGUAAAACCUGAUAAAAUUGGUGACAAACCGCCAAUGUUGCAAGAAAGCUCUUUAAUUGAUCUAUCCAAUACAAUGGAAAAUUCGACUAUUACAAAUUUAGGUAUUUCAUCUUCCAAAAAAAUAUCCGGUGCCUCCAAUGAUAUGACUGAAAAUAUCUAUGAUAAAGAAUUAUCGAAAGACGUUUCUAUGUCGUGCGGAUCUUCUGACGACACGAAUGAAACGUCGGACAGUAAUAUAAAUAAAAAUAUUUUGAAUGUACCUGUGUCAGAAAAUGUAACUUCAAGUGCAAAGGCAUAUUCGUCUAUGGAAACAAGAAGAAAGAGUACUAGGUCACCGUAUAGAAAGACAAUGUCUUCUACAACACGAAAUAAUAGAAAUAAUACAUUGAAUCUGGACAGUGAAGUAACUAGAACAAAUACAAAAAUAGCAAUUAAUAGAAAUGUAGUGAGGAUGGGUAAUAGAAGACAAAACAAAAACAAACAAGAGUCAAACAUACAGCAUCACUUCAUGGACAAUGUAUGCGCGGGUUAUCAUGCAUUGCUACGAAUUUUUCAAUAUCUAAAAGUGCAAGAAUUAUUACGCGCUUCUCGUGUUUGUAAAAUGUGGCGAGAUUUAGCUGCACAUCCUUCUUUAUGGAAAACUGUAAGAAUGAAGAAUAGCCAAGUGACGGAUUGGGAUGGUUUAGCAGAUACGCUACAAAGACACGGUACGCAGCAUUUGGAUCUCAGGAAAAUGCUUGUAGCAGGAGACUCUGAUGGUAUUUGGAGAAAGUUUUUAAAUGUAAUACCCAGAGUUACCAGCCUAGUUAAGUUGGAGCUGUGUAGAUGUCCUGUCGUGGUAGUAGAAGAAGUUAUUAGAACUUGUCCGCAAUUACAAGUAUUGAGCGCAAUGUCAAUCAAAUGUGAUACUUUGAAUCUAAAAUCUAUUGGUAAUAUUAAACAAUGCCAGGAAUUGAGAUUCAAAGCAAUAAGUGGAAUGUCUUUGCCAGAAGAUCUUACAUCGUUAAAAGAAUUAACACAAUUGACACAUUUGAGUUUAACAUCGGUUAAAGAACUUGGAAAAAAGAAAAUUGAUACAAUACAGAUAUUGGUAAAAUUAGAAACAUUGGAAUUGGGAGAGUGCUCCGAUUUUCCAGAUAGAUUUGGAACAUCAGUUUUAAUGAAAUUGCAAAAAUUGGAACGUCUACGGCUUGAAAAGGGUCAAGGUUCUUGUUGUACAUUUGACAUCUUAGAAGGUGUUUCUAAAUUGCCACUUUUAAACCAAAUGGAACUAGUUAAUUUUGACGUAAAAAAUGGUUUCGAUAAAUGUCUUGCCAAAUGCAGAAAUAUCAAGAGGUUAUUGAUCAUACCUACCUACAUAUCACAAUCGGCUACUUCUAAUAACAUGGUUCUCGGCGGUGUUACCGAAUUGUCACAUAAUUUAACACAUUUCGUUUGGGGCGUUACGCUUGAAUUGCUAAGAGUUACUGAAUUAUUUGUCGAUCAAUGCAAUUUGAUGAACAAACAGGUUAUUGGAGAUUCUAUACCAGUUUUGAAACCAGUACCCUGUUUGAGAUUAAUCGAAGAAGUUGAGGAUGAAAAUGAUAAUCAAAGAGGUGAAGAUAGGCAAUUAAAUAUGGCGAGUCCGCAGGUUGAUAUUUUACCGUUACCGCAACUUCAAAAACUUCUUUUGACUGCAUUACCUAAGACACGUGUUAAAAUAUUGAAAAUUCCUUUCCAUGCUACAUGGCGACAGAGCAUUUCUGAUACAACUUCCCAAUAAACAAAAGAUAAGAGAUUUAUAUAUAUAUAUAUAUAUAUAUAUAUAUAUAUAUAUAUAUAUAUAUAUAUAUAUACAUAUAUAUAAAAUGUGUAUCAAAGAAAAAUUUAAAUGUAAAAGAAAUCACAAAUUAUUCGACACGCGUACGUGUUUUAAAGUUUUGUAAAUUUAACUUUAUAGUGUUUGCACAAUCAAUUACAAUGUUUAUAACUUGGAUGAGAAGUAAUUUAUAUAUUUAUGUACUGUGAGUUUUAUAGCCCUCAACAAUUUCUCUCUCUCUCUCUCUCUCUCUCUAUCUCUCUAUCUCUCUAUCUCUUUCACAACGUAUUGGUACAUUGUACAGCUAGUUAUCAAUGGCACAGUGCCACAGGUAAAGAUUUUGUGAUAAUUACAAAAUCAUAUUAAGUGUACGUGAUGAUGAUACUUUAGUUAUAAAUAUUUUCAAUUUAAUUACAAAAUUCUGCCUUUAUAGUUUAGAGUUAUAUAUCGCACUUUUUAUCCGUACAAAAAUGUUUAAGUAAUAUAACAAUUUAUCUCGAAGGUGCUGUGAUAUGUACCUAUCUACGUUCAUGUCAUCCAAGUUAAUUUAUAUAAAGUUCUGAAUAAAUAUUCAAUUGAUUAUAGUUACAGAAAAUACACUCGGAGCCCAAAGAAUGAUCAAAUUACAAACAAAUUUAAUUUAAAAUUGCUCCGAGUGAAAAGUAAUUUCUUUUGUUUCUACAAAUAUUGUGAAA